AUGAGGACAAGGAAGUCUUCGUGCCCGGUAGAAAAAGUUUGGGUAGAAAAGCACAAAUACGAUGAAGGAGAGAAGAUGCAUCACGAAAAAGAAGCUGCUGCGACCCCGGAGGAACGCCAGGAGGUAGAGGCUGUCAACGGGGUCUGCAACGACGACUCCGCUGAAAGCGAAUUUAAGGGAGAUUUGAAGAAAGCGAGGAAUGGGAAGAAGCAAAGGAAACGGAAGCGUUCGCCGAAACCCAAAAACGCGGCCUCCAAGUUAGACUCUGUUCUGGCUGGUUUGUUAGCUGACCAUGUGUGGUUUGACAAACCGCUCUACGACCGCGCUGAGGAGGCGUACAGGACCAAAAUGAUGGAUUUUCAGUACCAGGAGGCACCUGAGGCUGCCCCAAGUGCUGAGCAGUCUCCUGUAGCAGCCAGGUCAAAAGCUGCCCAAGAUGCUCCUAAACCAAGGAUGCUUUCGCCGCUGUCCUGCUCCCACGGUCAUCUCUCUGCGUGUCACCACGUUGUUGAGGGUGUCUGGCUCAACAAGCUUGACUUUGAUAAGGCCGAGGAGGCGUUUAUUGAAAAAUCUCAGUCUUUUAUUCCUCCAAAUGUCCUAACCAUCCCGUCUGAGCGGUCAAACGCCGGCAACGUUGGGCUGAGGACGCCAGACGAGGGCUACGUUACAGCCCUGCCUACUCCAGCUACGCCAAACUUGGCUCCAGGCGCCGUUGCUGAUUCCGCUUCAUCCUUGGUAACCCCUUUGCCCGGCUCCAUACAGCAGACGGUAAAUGGGAAGCCGCAAAUUUCCAGCGUUCGGGACCUCAUGUCCGAGGUGUGGUUAGAGAAACCUCUCUACGACGAUGCCGAGAAGAGCUUCUACGAGAACAUGUUUGAUGGGCACCCGUCGGGCAAAGUCCCCGAAGCACUGAAGAACCAUCCUGAAAACGAGAAGAACCCCGAUGUUGGGAAGCAGACGGGCAGCAAACACGCAGAGGUGGCCACCAACUCUCCGCUUCCCGGCGAUGCCGAGCAACCUCCACCUACCUUCUUUUUCCUGCAUGAGGACAGCGAAACCGUGUGGCUUCAAAAGCCGACGUACGACAGCGCCGAGUCACGAUACUACGCAGCCCAGGCUCUGAAGAUGCCGGGAGCGGAAGAGAGCGUGAGGACGCAGGAAUCUGCUGUAGUAAAACCAUCCCAAGCAGUACCUGCACCAGAAAUGAAAAAAAUGGCAGUCGACUACUUCAUGCACGAGAAGAUCUGGUUUGACAAAUUCAAGUACGAUGAGGCCGAGAGGAAAUACUACGAGCAGAUGAACGGGCCGGUGAGCAGCUCUUCGCACCAGCAGAACGGAGCCAGCACGAUCCUCCGCGACAUUGCCAGAGCCAGGGAGAAUAUCCAGAAAUCGCUGGCCGGACAUCAGUAUUUCAGCCAGCAGCUUAGGGAAGAUUUUCCUGAAUUGGCUCACUUCAGAUCUAAAAUAACAUAUUUGGACUUGCCCAUUGAAGACUUUUUUAGUUUGGACUUUCAUAAG